UCCUGCGCGGACGGCAACGCCCUCCCUCUGCGCACUCCUCUCCUCCCAGUCUCCCCCGCGCUUCCUACCUUGAGGCACUCACGGCCGCGUCUCCUUUCCUGGCUCACGCAGGCUGUGCCAUGGCGGCCUUCAGCAAGUACUUGACGGCGCGAAACUCCUCGCUGGCGGGGGCCGGGUUCCUGCUGCUCUGCUUGCUCCAUAGGCGGCGCCGCGCCCUGGGCCUGCAAGGUAAGAAAAGUGGAAAACCACCAUUACGGAACAAUGAGAAAGAGGGGAAAAAAGAACGAGUUAUGGUGGACAAGUUGUUUUUUUCAAGGCUCACGCGGAUUCUGAAAAUCAUGGUCCCUAGAACAUUUUGUAAAGAGACAGGUUAUUUGAUACUUAUUGCUGUUAUGCUGGUGUCUCGAACAUAUUGUGAUGUUUGGAUGAUUCAAAAUGGGACACUCAUUGAAAGUGGUAUCAUUGGUCGUAGCAGAAAAGAUUUCAAGAGAUACUUAUUCAACUUCAUCGCUGCCAUGCCUCUCAUCUCUCUGGUUAAUAACUUCUUGAAGUUUGGGUUAAAUGAGCUCAAACUGUGCUUCCGAGUAAGACUAACCAAACACCUCUAUGAGGAGUAUCUCCAAGCUUUCACAUACUAUAAAAUGGGAAAUCUGGACAACAGAAUAGCUAAUCCAGACCAGCUGCUUACCCAAGAUGUAGAAAAGUUUUGUAACAGUGUAGUCGAUCUAUAUUCAAAUCUUAGUAAGCCAUUUUUAGACAUAGUUUUGUAUAUCUUCAAGUUAACAAGUGCAAUAGGAGCUCAGGGCCCUGCAAGCAUGAUGGCCUACUUGCUUGUUUCUGGGCUAUUCCUAACUCGACUUAGAAGACCCAUUGGUAAGAUGACAAUAACUGAGCAAAAGUAUGAAGGAGAGUAUAGAUACGUUAAUUCCCGGCUCAUCACAAACAGUGAAGAAAUUGCCUUUUACAAUGGGAAUAAAAGAGAAAAGCAGACAAUCCACACAGUCUUCCGAAAACUGGUGGAACACCUACAUAAUUUCAUUUUGUUUCGGUUUUCUAUGGGCUUCAUUGAUAGCAUAAUUGCCAAAUAUCUUGCCACUGUAGUUGGUUAUCUAGUUGUCAGUCGUCCUUUCCUAGAUUUGUCUCAUUCUCGACAUCUCAAGAGUACACAUGCCGAACUUUUGGAGGAUUACUACCAAAGUGGAAGGAUGCUUUUGCGAAUGUCUCAAGCUCUGGGUCGAAUAGUUUUGGCUGGCCGUGAAAUGACUAGAUUGGCUGGUUUUACCGCUCGGAUUUCAGAAUUAAUGCAAGUACUAAAGGAUUUAAAUCAUGGAAAAUAUGAACGCACAAUGGUCUCACAACAGGAAAGGGGUACUGAAGCAGCACAAGUCAUUCCCUUGAUACCUGGUGCAGGAGAAAUCAUCAAUGUUGAUAACAUCAUAAAAUUUGAUCAUGUUCCUUUAGCAACGCCAAAUGGAGAUAUCUUGAUCCGAGACCUUAAUUUUGAAGUUCGAUCUGGGGCCAACGUUCUAAUUUGUGGCCCAAAUGGCUGUGGGAAGAGUUCACUUUUCCGUGUUCUUGGUGAAUUAUGGCCUCUUUUUGGAGGACGUCUAACUAAACCUGAGAGAGGAAAGUUAUUUUAUGUUCCUCAGAGACCUUAUAUGACCCUUGGAACACUUCGAGACCAAGUGAUAUAUCCAGAUGGAAGAGAAGAUCAGAAAAAGAAGGGGAUAUCUGACUUCGUACUGAAGGAAUACUUAGAUAAUGUCCAGUUGGGUCAUAUCCUUGAACGUGAAGGAGGCUGGGACAGUGUUCAGGAUUGGAUGGAUGUACUCAGUGGUGGAGAGAAACAAAGAAUGGCAAUGGCAAGAUUAUUUUAUCAUAAACCUCAGUUUGCCAUUUUGGAUGAGUGCACAAGUGCAGUUAGUGUGGACGUGGAGGGUUACAUUUACAGCCAUUGUCGGAAGGUCGGCAUCACCCUCUUCACUGUAUCACAUAGGAAGUCUCUUUGGAAACACCAUGAGUACUACCUGCAUAUGGAUGGCAGAGGCAAUUACGAAUUUAAACAGAUAACAGAAGAUACAGUUGAGUUUGGCUCUUAGAAUCGGAGGACUGUACCUGCUUCAAUGAAAUUACAGAACACAGGAAUACAAAGUACAUUGUAAAAUAAAGUUGAGCUUUUUUUUUUUUAAAGAAAAGCAACAAAUUAAAUAUAAACUAAUCAAGAUCAAGUUGUUAAAACAUUUAAUAUUAUAUAGGGUAUGCUAAUUGUGUAUAUGUUGGUUUAAUUAUUAAUAUGUACUAAGAAUGACCUUAUUCUUGUGGUUAAAAAACUGCCUAAAUUAAAUUGGGCUUAAAUCAGUGUAACUUGAUUCAUCCUGGGAUGUAAACCAUUUGAAGUCAGCUAAUUUGACUUUUAUGGCUCUAUCUUUUCCUUCAAUGAAGAACCCUAUUUAAAACUGGGGUCAUCGCUUGUCCUGUUCUAACAAGAUAGUCUUGAGUUUCAUUUUCUUGUGCCCCAUGAUGGUGGGAAACAAACAAAUCAUAGUGUAUUAUCAAAAUGUACAGCAUCAUUGCAUAAUAGCAUUUAUUAUACAGUGGCAGAUUGCUUUAGCUGCCACAGUUAUACUCAUUACUUGUAUAUGUCUUGGAGGUACCUUUGACUCCAGGAAAGCCAUUUGAAUUUUCUUUGGCCAAAUAAUAAAUGUGCCCCUCUCAAUCUGCAACAUUGAGUUGUUUUGAGGGUUCUUUGUGGAGAUACAACAAAAGUAUAAGGAGUCUUGCCUACAAGGGGUGGCUACUGUGUUUCACACCUAUUCUUCCCAAUGUUUGGGAUGUUAAAACACAAAGCCCUCACAUGGCAAGCUCAAGGUUUUAAAGAUUUUUAGCUAUUUUUUAAAAAUUGGACAGAUUUGUAUACAUUAGAAACCCAUUCAUUAGAAGUGUGUUGGCUCCAUGAUGGUAAACUCCAGACGAGCCAUAGGAAAGCACUGAGUAUGCAGUGUCGUCAUUGUCUUUGUGAUUUUAUGUUUAAAAAUGUGUUACCAAACUAUUAUGCACACGGGUGAAUUCUGUUCCCUAGGAACUGGUUUAUCUCUGAAUCUUUAAUAACUUUUUUAUAUUUGGGUUAUUACGUUGAGCUGUCCUAACAGAAAUGGAUCUCACCUCACCAAACCACCAUUAUCGAUCACAUGUAUUAUUUGCACAGGGAAAACUGAAACUGAAUAUUAUCAAUAAGCUCGAUAUGAAAUCAGUUUCAUCAAACGGGGGUUCAGAAAGGGGUUUUUAUAUUCUUGUUUCUGCCUAACUGGUUUUGUUUUUUUGCAGAAUUAACUAUAAUAACCACCGGUUACUGAAAUAAAAUUGAUGUACUGAUUCCAUAAUACAUAACAUUCAAUUUUUACCACUCUCUUUAGCAAACUUAUAUAUGUCCUCAUUUUCUGUUCAGAUUAAAAAAACAAAAAAGAUAUCCUAUACAUCUUUUGCUUGUUCUUUUUAUUCUUGUAUCUAAAUACUGAGUAGUUCAUACAUAGUUCAUAGUCUUGACUUGAAAAACACAAAAAUAAAUUAAUAUUCAGAAAGAUUUUUUAGCACCCAAUGUCUUUUUUAAAAAGUUGUGUCAAAUGUGGUUUUAGUGGAAUGAAUUUCUCUUUUAGAAAACCCAGUUAAAACCUAUAGAGUACCUCCCAAAUGCUACCAAAUAGAAGAACUUAAAAGAUAUUAUCAGUCCCGAGAAAGAUUUUAAGACAUGAAGGAAGUUUGAGAUGUUCAGAUUUCUAGAUUACCCUAAACUACUAAUAGUUGUCUAAUUUCUUCUGUAAUGUAUUCCUGCCAUUCAAAAAAAAUUAUUUUUCUUUUUAAAUUUAACAAAUGUUAAAGUGCCUCAUCAUUUGAGGCAUAGAGGAAGAUCCUUUUCCUGGACAAUCACAGUGUACAUUAUUAACAGAAUGAUGGCUCUAAAAGGCCUACAAUAAAGAAA